AUCCUGCUGCCCUCUACAUCAGCAAGCGUUGGCUCGGCUCCAGCCUCAGCGCUGAGGGUUUAUUCUCCGGAGCCACGAGCGGGGCUGAGGGAUGAAUCGCGGAGCUGCACUGCUCCUGGCCCCUCAGAGGCACCGGGGAGAGGCUCGCUCGUGAUGUGAACAGCAGAGAAGCCGGCUUGAGGCCUUAUCUCGGGGCACAGUGGCCACUGCCCGGUGCCAGCUGUCACCUCUGCGGGCUGAGUUCCAGGAAGGUCAUCAGGGAGGUAAGAAGAUGAAAGCGUGGUAGGACCUGCCUGGCGCCUUCCCAGCAGUCUCUGGAAGUUGACUCCACUGGGGUGAAUCAUCUACAGGUCUCCUCCAGGCUCAAGAGACUAUGAAUUCUUGAUUUUUUUGUGCGUGUAUGUAUGAAGAGACUGUGCUAUUGAGCAGUUCUGAGGGCUGGGAUUAUCUGCCGACACCUGUCAGGAGCAGUGUGGCGCCCAAAGAGGAAGCGAAUGUCCCUUGCGUCCAGUGGUGACACCGGUGACUGACCUCCCUGGGGGUGAGGCCAGCCCCCACCCACCCUCACACCGGUGGGAAGACACUGUGGCCGGUUGGCAGAGUCAUGAGGUGCCACUGACUUAGAGCAAGGUACUGACUGUGCCGGUCUUGCUUGGUGGCUCAGUUGACCCCAGAGGCUCCUGUUUUUCUCAUCCCUUCUGCUCAGAGGACAACUGCAGGCUGAGAGUUGAUCCUUUUCCCUUCAGUGAACGGUAGCAUUUCCCUUCUGGCUGAAAAUAAGAAGUUAGAGCAGAUUUCUCCGCCAUCAGAGCCGGGACCUGUAGACUGACAUCGGCCAUGCUGUGACAUCAGAAAAGGGACAAAACAAGAAAAAGAGAUCUGAAGAAAAAUGAAGUGGAAAGUGCUUGCAUUUGUCAUAGGGCUCAUGGCUUUGUGGAUAACAUUUUUAUUCCUGUAUAUCAACAAGUUAGUGCCACAGAAAUACCCGCGAGUGAAGAAAAUCUCAAACACUUCAUUCCUGACAGAAACCUGUGACACGAUUGUGACAGGACAAAGAGUCAUCCUGGGGAAACAUAUGCCUGUGAGACCUUUGAGAAAUAUGACUUGCCAAGAAUACCUGAUCCAAAACCACUACCUAACGCAACCUCUGUCCCAACAGGAAGCCGAGUUCCCUCUGGCCUACGUCAUGGUCAUCCAUAAGGAUUUCGGCACUUUCGAAAGGCUCUUUCGGGCCGUCUACAUGCCCCACAACGUCUACUGCGUGCACGUGGAUGCCAAGUCCUCAGUCGAGUUUAAAAGCUCAGUGCAGCGGUUGCUGAGCUGCUUCUCCAACGCCUUCCUGGCUUCCAAGAUGGAACCUGUGGUCUAUGCAGGGUUUUCCAGGCUCCAGGCCGACCUGAACUGCCUGAGAGACCUGGUGGCCUCCCAGGUCCCCUGGAAGUACGUCAUCAACACCUGCGGGCAAGAUUUCCCCCUGAAGACCAACAGGGAGAUCGUGCAGUACCUGAAAGGGUUCCGAGGGAAGAAUCUGACCCCGGGGGUGCUGCCCCCUCCCUGGAUUCUCCGAAGGACCAAGUUCGUGCAUCUGGAGCAGAGGUUCUCUUGGUUCUCCUUCGUGCUGUGGACCUGGCUGAGGAAAGCGCCUCCACCUCACAACAUGACCAUUUACUUCGGCUCUGCCUACGUGGCCCUCACCAAGGAGUUUGUCCAUUUUGUUCUGGAAGACCAGCGGGCCAUUGAUUUACUCAAGUGGUCAAGGGACACUUACUCUCCUGAUGAGCAUUUCUGGGUGACACUGAAUAGGAUUCCAGGAUCCGCCUGUGCCUUACCGAUGCUGAGGCAGUUCCCUCAGAAUGCUUCCUGGCAAUUUUAUCCUCCUGGGAACCCAGAGAGCUCAGGAGAUGCCAGCUUACUGGAAAAGUACAGCAGGGAGGAAACUGGAAAGCGCUAGUCUUCUGGAGU